CUCCAUUUGAUUAUCCGAACUUUUUUUUUUACUAUUUCUAUUCACAAUUAAUCGACAACUUUUUGUUUAAUUCUUCAAAUUAACUUUCCAAAUUGUUCCUUAAUUAUAUUUCAUUUCUUUGGCUGUUGAAGCUGAUUUGCUGUUCUCCUUCCUCUUCUUCCUCUUCAUCUCUUUCUCUUUAAACGUUAUCCUUUAAUCAGCUGAUUGAAAUUCUCUGUUUCAAAAGCUUUUCUGUUCUUGUGUUUUUCUUGUUGUUUCUUAAUCCAGACAAUCAACUAAUCAUCCACCAUGUCUGGGAUGCUAUUUAAUCUAUUCUAUUUGGUUCGAUCAAGAUUCUUCUCCACUGGUCAAAUUAGUAAAUCAAUCCAUCCAUGGGAUAUUCCUCUUCCACCAGUGUUACACCGGACAUUGGAAAAAAGCUUCACCGAUAAUUACGAUGAGAUUCUGAUUCUUGGUGAUAUUCAUGGUUGUUUCGAUGAGAUGUUCGAGUGUAUCCAAAGUGCUCAUCGCGAUAAUAAUAGUAAAAUAUUGAAAAUAUUUGUCGGUGAUUUGGUAAACAAAGGAGAGAAACAUUUACAGGUAUUAGAAUACCUAAUGAGUGAUGAAGCAAAGGAUUGUAUCUGCAUUCGUGGUAAUCAUGAUGAGAAAGUAAUUAGAGAAUAUCUUAAAUUGCAAAAAGAAUCGAAAACAUCCCAACCCGUUUACGAAUGGAUUAAAAAUCUAAACGAACAACAAUUAAAUUUCCUCAUUAAUCUUCCCUAUACUCUAACAUUACCUGCUUUAAAUAUAACAAUUGUUCACGCUGGUUUAAUUCCUGGUUUACCCUUGGAAGACAAUCAACCAUUUGAUAUGGUUAAUAUGAGGAAUUUGAUUAAAGAUGAUUCAUCUAAUUCUUAUAUCCCAGUUAGACAAGGAAAGGAGGGUGAACCAUGGGCAUCGCUUUGGAAUGGUCCUAAUCACGUUUAUUUUGGGCAUGACGCUAAAAGAGGUCAUCAACUACAUCGAUUAGCGACUGGACUGGACACUGGAUGUGUUUAUGGUAAACAAUUAACAGCGAUCUUCGUUCAGGGUCCAAGAAAAGGGACUUAUAUCACAAUCAACGCCAAGAAAGUUUACCAACCAAUUACAGGCGCUAACGAUUAGAAAUCAAAUCGUUUAACCGAAAAAAAAAGUUCAAUUUAAAUCUUGAUAAUCUAACAAUGUAAUACUUAUUCAAAAGUAAUUGCUACACAUUAAUGUAUUUCUUAAAUUAUAUCAUAUGAGUUUGAACUAUUUAUUUAAGUUAA